GGGAAGGCAAAUGUGGUCAAUCGUUCCUUUUUGUAAAUUCAUUAGGUUACAGGAGAGGACACAUUCCUUCAUUUGGCACACGCUGGUUUAUCUGGUGCACUGGACCUUUAUUCAGCGUGAUUUUAUUUUCAGCUUUACACGUUUACAAUGGGUUCAAGAAUUAUGGAAUGUUUCGCAGAUUUCUUUGUGUAUGAAACGACCAAAUCGGUUGUGGUGAAGAGUUGGUCUGUGGGAACCAUCAAUCGGGUUGUCCAGCUGCUAAUUAUUCUGUACUUUGUCUGUUGGGUAUUUCUCCAUGAAAAAGCAUAUCAAAAUCGAGACACAGCAAUUGAGUCUGCGGUCAUGACUAAAGUGAAGGGCUUGGGCACUUUGAACAAUCAAGUGAUGGAUGUAGCAGACUAUGUAUCUCCUCCACAGGGUUCUUCAGCAUUCAAUAUAAUUACCAAAUUGAUCAUCACAGACGAUCAGAUGCAAGGACUAUGCCCUGAGAUUGAUGAAAAAUUCUCAUGCGAGACUGAUAUUGACUGUAGUAACAGAAAUGACGCACAUCUAGCCAAUGGCAUUCUAACAGGAAGAUGUUUGAACAAUUACUCCUCUUCAGCGAAAACUAGUGGACAAUGUGAAAUUCAAGGCUGGUGUCCUGCAGAGAAUGACAAACGUAAAGAGAACCCAAUGAAUGUUGAUAACUUUACAAUCUUCAUCAAGAACAGCAUUCGAUUUCCUUUGUUUAAUGUCACUAGGGGUAAUUUCCCUUCCAGCAUGAACAUUGGAAGCUGUUUAUAUGAUCCAGUGCACAAUCCAUUGUGUCCGAUAUUUAAAGUGGGAGAUAUCCUGAAAAUUAUCAAUCAAGCCGACAUUAUUACAACAGGAGGGGAGAUUGGAAUUAACAUAGCCUGGAAGUGUAAUCUGGAUUAUUCUGUGGAAAACUGCAAUCCACAAUACUCAUUUACUCGACUAGAUGCUGUGUUUCAGCACGGUGGAGCCUCCAAAGGAUAUAACUUCAGGUUUGCUAAAUACUACAAGUCUGCGAAUGGGACUGAGCAUCGAACGCUUCAUAAAGCUUAUGGCAUCAACUUCGAAAUAAUCGUGUCAGGCAAUGCAGGAAAGUUCAGCAUUGUGCCAUUUAUGAUUAAUCUUGUGACUCUUGUGACAUCAGUGGGACUGGCUACUGUGUUUUGUGAUGUCAUCCUUCUUCAUUUCCAUCAUGGCGCUGAUGAGUACAAAGCAAAGAAAUUUGAAAAGGUGUCAAAUAUUGUAUCUCAUUCAUGCGAUGACCAACUCUAUAAGAGCAGCCAGAUAUCGAUAAAAGCAAUGUGAGCUACUGAAGACCAUGAAUGAGGAGAAAAGCCAUAUACGGGAAGAAUUGUGUAUAUUGUUGUCUUGUCAAUCAGUUGUUUGAAAAAUGUGUGUUAUACGACUGAAAACUCAGUUGGUUAUUUGUCAAGUCUG